GGGAAUAACAAAUGAAUACGCAAAAACAGCCACAGACCCUAACAUUCCUGCCACGCUGGGAACGGCUGUCAUCGUGUCCGGAGGCCAGAGGCCUGGGUGGGAAGAGUUCUCACAACACUCCGGUAAGGUAGACGUCAUGAGCUCUGCUUAGAGAUGGAGAGGAACGAGGAACGAGCCCCAAGGGAUUUUCUGCUCUGUCAGAUGGCCCCCAUGUGCGCAGCAGCAGACGCCAUGUGGAUCCAGGUUCGCACCAUGGACGGCAAGGUGGCCCACACUGUGGACUCGCUGUCCAGGCUGACCAAGGUGGAGGAGCUGAGGAGGAAGAUCCAGGGGCUGUUCCACGUGGAGCCAGGCCUGCAGAGGCUUUUCUACAGGGGCAAGCAGAUGGAGGACGGCCACACUCUCUUCGACUAUGACGUCCGCCUGAACGACACCAUCCAGCUCCUGGUCCGCCAAAGCCUGGUGCUCCCCCCCAGCAGCAGCAAGGAGAAGGACUCUGAACUGUCAGAUACCGAUUCUGGCUGCUGCCUGGGCCAGAGCGAGUCGGACAAGUCCUCCAAUAGCGGCGAGGCGGCCUCGGAGGCGGACGGGAAGGCGGGCUUAGCGGAUGAAGACGUGUGGGACGAGACGGAGCUGGGUCUGUACAAGGUCAACGAGUAUGUGGAUGCUCGGGACACGAACAUGGGGGCGUGGUUCGAGGCGCAGGUUGUCAGGGUGACCAGGAAGGCACCUUCCCAAGACGAGCCCUGCAGCUCUACCUCCAGUGUGACGCCCGAAGACGACAUCAUUUACCACGUCAAAUAUGACGACUACCCGGAGAAUGGAGUGGUCCAGAUGAGUCCCCGCGACGUGCGGGCCCGUGCCCGAACCAUUCUGCAGUGGCAGGAGAUAGAGGUCGGCCAGGUGGUCAUGCUCAACUAUAACCCCGACAACCCCAAGGAGCGUGGCUUCUGGUACGACGCGGAAAUCCUGCGCAAGCGUGAGACGCGGACGGCACGGGAGCUGUAUGCCAACGUCAGGCUCGGGGACGAUUCUCUCAAUGACUGUCGGAUCAUCUUCGUGGACGAGGUGUUCAAGAUCGAGCGCCCGGGCGAGGGGAGCCCCGUGGUGGAAAACCCGAUGAGAAGGAAGAGCGGGCCCUCCUGCAGGCACUGCAGAGACGACGAGAACAAGGCCUGCCGCGUGUGCGCCUGCCACCUGUGCGGGGGCAAGCAGGACCCGGACAAGCAGCUCAUGUGCGACGAGUGCGACAUGGCCUUCCACACCUACUGCCUGCGCCCGCCCCUCAGCAGCAUCCCCAAGGAGGACGAGUGGUAUUGCCCCGAGUGUCGGAACGACGCCAGCGAGGUGGUGCUGGCCGGGGAGAAGCUGAAAGAGAGCAAGAAGAAGGCGAAGAUGGCAUCGGCCACGUCCUCCUCCCAGCGGGACUGGGGCAAGGGCAUGGCUUGCGUGGGCCGUACCAAGGAGUGCACCAUCGUCCCGUCCAACCACUACGGACCCAUCCCGGGGAUCCCCGUGGGCACCAUGUGGAGGUUCAGAGUCCAGGUCAGCGAGUCGGGGGUCCAUCGACCUCACGUGGCGGGCAUCCACGGCCGGAGCAACGACGGGGCUUACUCCCUGGUCCUGGCCGGCGGAUACGAGGACGACGUGGACCACGGGAAUUCUUUUACGUACACGGGCAGCGGUGGUCGAGAUCUUUCUGGCAACAAGCGGACUGCGGAGCAGUCUUGUGAUCAGAAGCUCACCAACACCAACAGGGCGCUGGCCCUGAACUGCAGCGCCCCCAUCAACGACCGCAAAGGGGCCGAGGCCAAGGACUGGCGGUCGGGGAAGCCGGUGCGGGUCGUGCGGAACGUCAAGGGUCGGAAGCACAGCAAGUACGCUCCCGCCGAGGGGAACCGGUACGACGGCAUCUACAAGGUCGUGAGGUACUGGCCGGAGAAGGGCAAGUCCGGCUUCCUGGUGUGGCGCUACCUGCUCCGGCGGGACGAUGCGGAACCCGGUCCCUGGACGAAGGAGGGGAAGGACCGGAUCAAGAAGCUGGGGCUGACCAUGCAGUACCCGGAAGGCUACCUGGAGGCCCGGGCCAGGAGGGAGAAGGAGAAGGAGAACAGCAAGAGGGAGGCCAAGGAGGAGGACGAGGACGAGGACGAGGACGAGGACGAGGAGGGGGGCUUCACCUCCCCCAAGAAGGGCAAGGGCAAGCGGAAGUGCAAGUCCGGAGGGGGCAAGACUGGCACUGGGUCCCCGCGAGGGACACCUAAGAAAAGCAAGGUGGAGCCCUAUAGCCUCACGGCCCAGCAGAGCAGCCUCAUCAAGGAGGACGAGAACAACACUAAGCUGUGGAGCGAGAUCCUGAAGUCGCUCAAAGACGGGCCGUUCCAGAAGUUCCUGAGUAAAGUGGAGGAGACGUUCCAGUGCAUCUGCUGCCAAGAGCUGGUGUUUCGCCCCAUCACGACCGUGUGUCAGCACAACGUGUGCAAGGAACCAUCACCCUUGCCGGGACCUGAUAGAAACCCCUGCCAGCUACGGGGCACCUGUCCUCCGCGGCCUUGGCUCUCCAGUACGACCGGGACUCUGAAGUGUGACGGUCCCUCAGCUGCAGCCAUGGGGUCUGAGGAUCACGGGGCCCAGAACCCGAGCUGUAAAAUCAUGACGUUCCGCCCGACCAUGGAAGAAUUUAAGGACUUCAACAAAUACGUGGCCUACAUCGAGUCCCAGGGAGCCCACCGGGCGGGCCUGGCCAAGAUCAUCCCCCCAAAGGAGUGGAAGCCGAGGCAGACGUACGAUGACAUCGACGACGUGGUCAUCCCGGCCCCCAUCCAGCAGGUGGUGACGGGCCAGUCGGGCCUCUUCACACAGUACAACAUCCAGAAGAAGGCCAUGACGGUCGGGGAGUACCGCCGCCUGGCCAACAGUGAGAAGUAUUGCACCCCGCGGCACCAGGACUUCGACGAUCUGGAGCGCAAGUACUGGAAGAACCUCACCUUCGUCUCCCCCAUCUACGGGGCCGACAUCAGCGGCUCCCUGUACGAUGACGACGUGGCCCAGUGGAACAUCGGGAGCCUGCGGACCAUCCUGGACAUGGUGGAGCGCGAGUGCGGCACCAUCAUCGAGGGCGUCAACACCCCCUACCUGUACUUCGGCAUGUGGAAGACCACCUUCGCCUGGCACACGGAGGACAUGGACCUUUACAGCAUCAACUACCUGCACUUCGGGGAGCCCAAGUCCUGGUACGCCAUCCCACCGGAGCACGGCAAACGCCUGGAGCGGCUGGCCAUCGGGUUCUUCCCCGGGAGCUCCCAGGGCUGUGACGCCUUCCUGCGGCACAAGAUGACCCUCAUCUCGCCCAUCAUCCUCAAGAAGUACGGGAUCCCGUUCAGCCGGAUCACGCAGGAGGCCGGGGAGUUCAUGAUCACGUUCCCCUACGGCUACCACGCCGGGUUCAAUCACGGGUUCAACUGCGCGGAAUCUACGAACUUCGCCACCCUGCGGUGGAUCGAUUACGGCAAGGUGGCCACUCAGUGCACGUGCCGGAAGGACAUGGUCAAGAUCUCCAUGGACGUCUUCGUGCGCAUCCUGCAGCCAGAGCGGUACGAGCUGUGGAAGCAAGGCAAGGACCUCACGGUGCUGGACCACACCCGGCCCACAGCCCUGAGCAGCCCCGAGCUGAGCACCUGGAGCGCCUCCCGGGCCUCACUCAAGGCCAAGCUCCUGCGCAGACAAAUUAGUCUGAAAGAAAACAGACACUGGAGAAAGACUGAGGAGGACAGAAAGGCCAGUCUAGAAAGGAAGAAAGAGCAGACCAGGAGGCCGGGGCCGCCGUCCCACCGGAAACGGAGCCAGCCCAAGAAGCCCAAGCCGGAAGACCCCAAGUCCCCAGGGGAGGGGGCCGCCGGGGCCGCCCUCCUGGAGGAGGCUGGCGGCUUGAAGGAGGAGACCUCACAGGAGGCCGACCCCGAGGAGGAAGAGGAGGAGCCCCAGCCGACGCCACCGCAGGGCCGGGAGGCCGAGGCCGCAGAAGCCUCCCGCCACGUCAGGCUCCACAUUCGCAGGACGCGGGCAUCUUUGGGGACUGUGAUUCCACCAGACGUUUGCUCAUCCAUUCGGUUUUCUCUGAUGUGCUGGCCCCCAGUUAAAACACCACUGAAGACACCCCUGGCCUGGCUCCCGCCCUGCCCUGCCACCUGCCGGAGAUCCCCCAGCACCGGCCCUCGGGGGUGGCCCUCCAGGCCCAGCAGGCUCUCCAGUUCUGCUCAAGCGACCACUUUUCACGAAGACGGAAGGGGCAAGCUGCGGCCAGCCAAGGCCAAGAGCGACAGGAAGAAAAAGAGCUAUGGUCCCCUGCACCCCCACCACGCCCUCUUGCCCCAGCUGCCGCCGCCCCCACCCGCCCAGUUCCCCGCCGAGGAGGCACCCAGGCUGCCACCCCUGCUGGAGUCCCCAGCGCUGGCCCCGGGCCCCGCACCAGCCGAGGAGAACCCCCCCCCACCGCCUCUCAACGUCGUGCCCCCCGAGGCACCUGGCGAGGAGCCAGAGGUGAAGCCACGCCCCAUCAUCCCCAUGCUGUAUGUGGUGCCGCGGCCCAGCACGCUGUGUGACAAGGGCCGCGUGUCCUGCCAGCAGGCCUUUGAGCACUUUGCCCAGAGGGGCCCCACCUGGAAGGAACAGGCGGCCCCCAUGGAGCUGACGGGUCCCGAGGAGGAUAGCAGAGCCGGCGAGGUGCAGGCACCGUCCACAUUUUCCAAAUUGAAGAUGGAAAUCAAGAAAAGCAGACGCCACCCCCUGGGCAAGCCACCCACCCGCUCCCCGCUGACCGUGGUCAAGCAGGAGGCCUCGAGUGACGAGGAAGCCUUCCCUUUCUCCGGGGAGGAGGACAUGAGUGGCCCCGAGGCCUUGAGGUCUUUGCUCUCCCUGCAGUGGAAGAACAAGGCUGCCGGUUUCCAGGCCGAGAGGAAGUUCAACGCGGCGGCCGCCCUGACCGAGCCCUACUGCGCCAUCUGCACUCUCUUCUACCCUUACACCCAGUCCCUACAGACCGAGAAGGAGGCUCCCCAGGCCUCUCUCGGGGAGGGUCCCUCGGUGGCUCCCCCUUCCAAAAGUGGCCAGAAGACACGGCCGUUGAUCCCCGAGAUGUGCUUCACGUCCGGCGGUGAGAACACGGAGCCGCUUCCCGCCAACUCCUACAUCGGCGACGACGGGACCAGCCUGCUGAUCGCCUGCGCCAAGUGCUGCCUGCAGGUUCACGCCAGUUGCUACGGCAUCCGCCCCGAGCUGGUCAACGAGGGCUGGACGUGUUCCCGGUGCACGGCCCACGCCUGGACUGCGGAGUGCUGCCUUUGUAACCUCCGGGGCGGAGCCCUGCAGAUGACCACCGACCGCAGGUGGAUCCACGUGAUCUGUGCCAUCGCGGUCCCCGAAGUGCGCUUCCUGAACGUGAUGGAGCGCCACCCUGUGGACAUCAGCGCCAUCCCCGAGCAACGGUGGAAGCUGAAAUGCGUGUACUGCCGGAAGCGGAUGAAGAAGGUGUCCGGAGCCUGCAUCCAGUGUUCCUGUGAGCACUGUUCCACCUCCUUCCACGUGACCUGCGCCCACGCCGCCGGGGUCCUCAUGGAGCCUGACGACUGGCCCUACGUUGUGUCCAUCACCUGCUUCAAGCACAAGUCAGGGGGCCACACCGUGAGUGCCCCGCCCGCCCCCUCCCGCCCCCCCCCCCCCCCCCGGCCGGCCGCCUGCGCGCUGACGCGGCCCUGUCCCCGCCGCCCCCAGGUCCAGUUCCUGAGGGCCGUGUCCUUGGGCCAGAUGGUCAUCACCAAGAACCGCAACGGGCUCUAUUACCGCUGCCGGGUCAUCGGCACCAGCACGCAGACCUUCUACGAAGUCAACUUUGACGAUGGGUCCUACAGCGACAACCUGUACCCGGAGAGCAUUACCAGUAGGGACUGUGUCCGGCUGGGACCCCCACCCGAGGGCGAGUUUGUUGAGCUCCGGUGGGCGGAUGGCAACAUGUACAAGGCCAGGUUCAUUUCCUCCGUGACGAGCCACGUCUAUCAGGUGGAGUUCGAGGACGGGUCGCAGCUGAUGGUGAAGCGCGGGGACAUCUUCACCCUGGACGAGGAGCUCCCCAAGAGGGUCCGGUCGCGGCUGUCGCUCAGCACGGGGGCACCUCAGGAGAACACCUUCUCGGGAGAGGAGGUGAAGGCCGCCAAGCGCCCGCGAGUGGGCACCCCACGCGCCCCCGAGGACUCAGGACGGAACCCGGACUACCUAGCGUUCAUGGAGAGCCUCUUGCGGGCGCAGUGCCGGCCCGGGGCCCCCUUCUAGGACAGCCGGCCGCCCGGCGACCCCUCGGCCCAGCAAGGCAGGCGGCGGCCGGCCCUGGCGUUUGCUUGCUGUGAAUUCCUGUCCUCGCCUCCCCGGCCCCCGAGAGGCUACCUCUGCGCGGCCGCCCCCGCUCUGCGGCGACAGGAGCCAGCAGGACGCCGGCACGCGGCCCCCGGACUCAGGGAGCAGGGCCACGCGGGCUCUGGGGGGGCCGGCCGGGGACUCGCGCCACCCCCACGACUCAGAUUCGUAAACCAUGUAAGCUCUUCUCGAAAAGGUGCUACUGCUUUGCCUGCCUCCUGAGCAGCCUUGGAGGUUGUGACUUCUGUACAUACGCGACCUUUGUGAGGCUCUUUCUAGAAAUACCUGUUGUUUAAAAAAACACGAGGAAAAAAAGGAAAACAAAGAAAAGGAAAAAAAAUCCCCAAAGUUGUUUUCUAGAUUUGUGGCUUUAAACACGAAACGAAACAAAACACACACGUUCUUUUUUUUUCCAGAACCAAGAUACGCUGAGGGAGAUAAAAGCAUCUCGGGUUUUUUGUUGGCUUGUUGGUUUGUUGGUCAUUGUUUUAAAACCUCACUUGUCUGCGCACCAGCGGCAGGGAGGUGCCCCGCACGCGGGGAGGCCCGGUGGCACCUGGGAGGCCAGGCAGGGUGCCGGUGACAGGGUGACAGGCGUCGGCCCGGCCCUCCUCUCCCCGGGACUUGGCGAAGGUCUGGGCGGCCGGCCCUGCCUGCUCCCUCUGGGGGCGACCACCAGCUGUAGGGGUCGCAGAGCCCCUUUCCGGUCCACGCGCGCCUUCGCGAAAUAAACACGCUCUCUCCUGGUUUGUUCCCUCUCCUGCUUCUUCCCCUCGUGACUGCACUGCCGGCCGGCCGGGGGCCUCCGCUGUUCGCAAAAGGCUCCGUGUCCCCAGAGCGUCCCCCUCCCGGCCGUGUGUGUGGCCGGGCGUCUGUUCACCGACAAGCGUGGGUGACCUCCGUGGCUGUCUGGGGAGGGAGGAUGUGAAACCAGCCAGCUCUCCUCCCCGCCCCCACCCCCACCCCCGUGGCCCAAGUCCGGGGGUUCCCCGUGGCCCCAGGCCCUGGCCGCUGCCCCACCGGCGCAGGGGUGCCUGCCUUGGACCCCGAGGGGCCAAUGGCAUCCGCGUCUUGCUUGGGAGACGUGGGUCUGUGCGUCUGGGGGACGCUGAUGUCAGCCCGGAGGAACCGGGAUUUCCGAGGCGAGGCGGCGAGGCGUGCUUGUGAGGGCCUUUGGGCCCCCGCCCACCUGCCCCCGGGGAGCCUCGCCCACCGCGACGGCCCCUGCCGUCCUGCCCAGGGAUUGCCGGCAGAAUCUGCUCGUGUAAAAAAAAAAAAAAAAAAAAAAAUUAAAAAGAGUGUUCUGCUGGCUGCCCGGCCAGAAAGAACUAUAUAAGGAGAACAGAAAAGAUGUAAAUGAGCCGAGAACCUUGCGUUUCGUUGGUGGGGGCGGGGGGCAGGUGCCCUGGAGGGGGCGGGGGCGGGAGGUGCCGCGCGGAGCCCGCCGGAUGUGGGGGUCCCCCUCUGCAUGCGGCAGCCCCGCGGGGCGCCGGCACUGUGUUCAUAUGUAGUUUGAAAAUGCUAUUUAUAUUGUAAAGGGAACAGGAGGAAGGGGGCUGGCCCUCGGGCGGAGGGGUGGGCCAGACCCAGGCAGGGUCUCUCUGAGUCUGGGUCUGGGUCUGGGUCUGGGUCUGGGUCUGGGUCUGGGUCUGGGUCUGGGGCGACGUGCAGACAGGCCGCGGCUCGGCGAAGGGGAAACGCACAUUUCCCCACCAACGUAUACCCGUGUCUAUGUACAAAAACGAAAAACAAAGCCACCCGCCCUGAUUUUGCUCCCACCCAAGAUUAAGGAUGCGCUGUAUUUUUGCCUAAUUUCCCCUGCCUCUAGGUUCAUAAUGAAUUAAAGGCUCGUGAGCACUGCGAAACAGA